AAGGCUGCUAAUUUCUGCCCUGACUUCAUUUGCUCAGCUAAGCAUCGCGACGAUGGCAUUUCGUCUUCACCUGUUGUUGGUCUUUUGUGGCAUCAGUGGAUUGUUCACCAGAACGUGGGCCUUACCCCUAUCCAGAGAUUACUUUUGCCCUCCUGGCUGGACUCGUCUUAAUUCCCGCUGUUUGUUGUUUCAAAAUGAGAGACUACAAUUUAUUCUUGCUGAGACUGUCUGCAAUGUUCUUGGAGGAAAUCUGGUUUCAAUCCACAACGCGCUGGAGAAUGAAGUAGUUCGACACUUGAUUCUGGAAGAGACUGGAACUUUUACCCCCACUUGGAUUGGCCUCCAUGACAAGAUUGAGGAUGGAGACUUUGUUUGGACAGAUGGAUCACCCUUUGAUUUCGAGGACUGGGCUAAUAAUCGGCCAAGAGUGGAUACAAAUGAUGACUGUGCAGAGAUAAACUUUCAAGGUCAAUUCUGGAGUGAUGCUGGAUGCAAUGGUCGAAGACGUUUCGUUUGUGCCAAAAAGUUGAAACAUUACUGAUCGAAUCAGACCUCCAAUCGCAUUGUACAGAAAUGUAAUUUCCACUAUUUUGACGACUCUUGGUAAAAAGCCAACAAUUGCUCACAAAUUUUCAGUUGUUAUUCAUCGUCAAAAAUACUUGGACACUGCAAUUAAUAAAGGGGUACCUUUGAGCAUG